AACAAGAACACUCAGAAAUGAUUUGUUUUAUGUCGUGUCAAGUGUGUCAAGUGAUUUAGUUUUGUUGAUUAUAUUAUAAACCCAUUUCAAUUCAUUUCCAUGUUUUUUUAAUCGCACAAGUCGAUCCAAAUGGAGCGCAAGAUACAACUAAAGACCUUAAAUAAACACAUAACGUGUAAAAUUUGUCGUGGGUAUUUUAUAGAUGCAACAACAGUAACCGAAUGCUUGCAUACAUUUUGCAAAAGUUGUUUAGUAAAACACUUGGAAGACAAUAGUACGUGCCCGGCAUGUGAUAGCGUUAUACAUCAGUCUCAUCCAUUGAAUUACAUCAGUUUCGACAGAACGAUGCAAGACAUUGUGUACAAAUUGGUUCCUAAUCUACAAGAAAACGAAACGAAACGCGAAAGAGAUUUUUACAAAAGCCGUAACAUGCCGUGUCCGAAAGACAUACCGCAAAACCAUGACGAUGACACAUUUAACGAUAGUCACGUCGACUCGGAUUAUCACCGUCAAGACGAACAGGUGAACGUGUGUCUGGAGUGCAAGAACAACAUAAAUGCGUUGAGUCGACGAUUCAUUCGGUGUAGCUCUCAGGCGACCAUAACGCAUUUGAAGAAAUUCGUGGCAAAGAAAGUAUUAAAUGGCAUGGACAAGUACAAAGAGGUCGAUAUAUUGUGCAAUGAUGAACUUCUCGGCAAAGAUCAUACACUGAAAUUCGUAUACAUAACGAGAUGGCGAUUCAAAGAUCCUCCGCUCAGGUUACAGUUUCGGCCUAGAAUGGAUCUGUAACUCUUUUUUUUUCAUCUUUUUUUUAUUAAUUUAAUUUAUUUCAUUUUGUUGUGUGUAUAACCGUGUGUGCAAGCCGAUGAAAUGAAAAACCACUCGUAUUUUAAUGUGCAUAUAAUUUACCUGUUUACAGGACAGAGACCGUUUUUUCCAUCUUUUUCAUUUGUAGAACGUAAACAUGUUGCUAAUAGCCCUGAUGAUCAACGAAAAAUGAAAAGAAAUUAUUUUCAUUUCACUGAUUAAUUUGAAACAAAUACAAAGAGUUAUUUAAGUUGACAGUUUUGAUGGAUAAUGCAGAAAAAUCAACAGAAUAUUUAACUGGGUGAAUUUGUGAAAUGGAUGAGAAAAUAGUUUAUAUUUUGUAGUAGAAAAACAGAAUGGAUUUUUGAUAGAAUUUUUGAUUAAAACGUUUCUGUAAAUAAAAGAGUUAAAUUCAAACAAACUAAAAGAACUAAUUGACAAAAAAA